AUGCUUUUCUGCGACAUUUCAGAGGCUCAAGCCGUUCACCAGCACACGCAGGGUUUUGCGUCCCUGCAGGGCGGCAUGGGGUCGGCCGCAUCCACCGAUCUGAAGAAUGAGAUCCAAUCAAAGACCGUUGGUGAGAUUGCUGCGGCAUUGAAGGAGUUGCCCGCCGAUCAGCUUGAGAAGGUGAAGGGUGCUCUGGCCACAGGAGCAGGUGUUGCUCCUGCCAAGGGAGGUGCAUGCCCUGGACCUGUGGACCUCAGCAAAGUCACGGUCAUUGCCAAGGACUACAAGGGUAUGCUGGCCCAGCCUGCAGAGCCAAAGUUCAAGGGCGUCCUUCUUCAAGUUUACGUGCGAGGCGCACCUUACGGAGGACCGGACAAGAGCAUCAAUGGCCACCGCUACGAUAGCAUCCCGUUUGUGAAUGGCAUGAUCGAAAGCGGCAUGAGCUGCCAAUUGAUGCACUACACGCACGAGGAGCACGAUGUUUGCUUCGGGCUGUGCAAGGCCUUCGACUUCGUCAUCGUCCGCUGCAGCCCAGGUCAGAUCAAGGAGGAUGGUGGUGACCAGCAGAAGUUUGACGAUGCUCUGCGCGACCUUGAAAAGGCUGGCAAGCAGGUGUGGCCAUCCCCAGACGCGAUGGAGAAAAUGGCCAAGGAUGCAGGCACGCUCACCGAGGAGGAGAAGUGGAUCGUUGACCAGUUCAGCUGCUCCGGCGCCGGGGCGAGAUGUUUGGCCGCGUGCUGCAAAGAUGGCACCCCUACUGCCUGCUGGGACGACAUCACGGAGGAGGACAAGGCCGAGGCCAAGAAGCUCGGUGACCUCAUGGGCCAGAAGGCCCUGGCAAUCCUCUCCAAGUGA